GCAUGUACCUACGCUUGUCAUCGGCACACGCCCACGCAGCAUGGAACCGUUCAAAUUGAUGUAUUAUCGCGAUUUAAUUGCGAAAACCAUCGCGGAGAAGCGUUUUUUCCGCCUGUACGGCUACGCGGAUUGCCCCAAAUUACGCGCAGAGUUACUCAAGCGCGGGUAUCUCGAACACAUCCCGCUUUCCGGUCGGAAUCCUCUCGGAAAUUUGCCGCUCGAAAAAUUAGCGGAAAAUGCCUCGAAAGGAAACGAGUACGAACAAACGUUGAUUUCGCGUCUUUUGGAAGGCAGAGCGCCAGAUUUCAUCUUUAUUCCGGACCGGAGUUACUAUGUCCAUCAAACGGUGACACACCAAAUAAAUCGCGUCAAAUUUGUCGGAUACAAUUUUUGCCUGAAACACGAGUUGUGUUGCAUCGUGGACAUUGUCAAUCAACACCUGCGAAACGAUUUGCUGUCAAAUGAUGUUGUGCGGAUGCCAAGGACGGUCCGUAUUGUCGACGACUUGGGCAUCGAUGAGUUUCGCGAGUGCUAUAAUUGGACGAUGAUCACGAGUUUGGUGCUUUAUAUGAACAAAAAUCCAACGACGUUGGGGAAUUUCUUCUGCCAACGACCCAUUUACGGCAUCGAAGCAGAUGGACUCGAACUUGCGCUCAACUUCAUUACGCGCCAAAUCGAAAAACGGCUUGGCACACGUCGUUCCAGCAUCCCCGAAACACCUUUCACCCGAAAUCAAUGGCGUGCCAUCGAACGAACGUACAUCGGGGUUGUGCGAAAUCAACAAAGUAUCUACACGUCACAAGUAAAAAUGCAAUAUUACAUCGAUCGGGUGUCAAAUGCCGCGGAACAAAUCAAACUUUUUUGGCCUGAAACGAAAAUCGAGGGAUAUCGCAACAUCUGGAUCGUCAAACCGGAUGGAUGUGUCGAUGGCGAAGGCAUUAUCAUGUCUGACGAAUUCCGCAAAAUUAAGUCGCAUGUCGAGCAACACGAUGAUUUUGUCUUUGUCAUUCAAAAGUACAUGGAAAGACCAUUUUUGAUACACGAAACGAAAUUCCACAUUCGCAAUUAUCUCCUUCUGCGAAUCGAUGAGACGCAUUUCAAUGCCUUCUUUCAUCCGUCGUGCAUGAUAAAACUCGCUUCGGAGCCGUUUACGUUGAAAAAUCUUCGAACAAAGGGACAUUUGACGAAUAUUUCGGUGCAGAAAAAUUUUAGUAACGCUUCGAAGAAACUUCCCGACUCGCAUAUGUUGACGCUGGAACGGUUGCAGGAAUAUUUGAGAGACAUCGGGCAUCCGAAUGCGUAUUUUGAGAAGAUGUAUCCGUCGAUGAAGGAGACACUGCAACAACUUUCGGAAGAGAGUAUGAGUCAUAUUGCCCAUGAGAAAGGCAAUUACGAGAUUUUUGGCGUGGAUUGGAUGGUUGCUGAAGAUUUUAGUUGUUAUUUGUUGGAAGUGAAUCGAUCGCCGAGUCUCGAACAUUUUUCCGUCGUUUCAACCAUCGUGCUCAAUGAAAUUUUGGAAGACCUGAUAAAAGUGGUAGUCGACAACUACAACAACCCAAAAGCGAGUUGCGGCGGCUUCGAAAAUAUUCUACGUCUUCAAUACUAAAAUUCUAUUUUCGACAGAAAGAAAUUUGUCACCUUCUAAGCGGUCAUUCAGAAUGUUCGAUGAUGACCUUGACACCAACAACAACAACAACUACGAAUAAUCAAAUUAUUAUUCAAUAUAAUAAUUUAUUUAAUAUUUAUUAAUCCCCUUUAAUGACUGUUGGACUAUUUAUAAGAGAAAGCGAGAGAGAGCGAGAGGCGACAUUGCACUCUACAUAAUAGAUGAUAAUGAUGAAGCAGCAAUCUAAAUACUACUAAUAAUAAAAGAUAAAUUUAAUUAAUUAAAA